ACUUGCACUUGAAUGACGAACCGCCAAGCGCCCAGCCGCCACGCGGAUUGAUCAUGGUUUGCGUAAUCUGGAUCUGGCUGACUCAGCAGCUCGGCGUUAUCGCGCGCUUAACCCCGCUGCUGUACCGACUCGGCUCCAAGGGCGCUGGGCUGUGUCUACACACCACCACGGACCUCGUUAGCUUUCAGACGGACUUCACUGUCUUCGUGCUGUUCCUUUCUAGCAGCCUGCCUUUGCACUGCUCAAUCCCAUGCCACUUUGCUAGCCAUCAGACGUUGGAAACCGCUGCACGUCACUCAGGUUUGUGACUGGAGGCUGGUCGACUCGAGCUCGGAAUGCCUCCACGACGAUUCUCGUUGUCCAUCAACCCCCAGUGGUCACAUUAUGUCUCGAUAGCAUCUCUUGCUUUAGCACUUCUGCUUGGCUUUGUGCGCUACGCCGUCAUCGACCGCGCUGACCCAUUGCAUUGCGAUGCGCUCUUGACCGAAGGACAAUGGUUAGAUGACAAGUUCAACAACUGGCAACCAGAAGGUUGCAUGAUGCACACCUACAGCCCCAAGGACAUCUCGACAUGCAUGCGCAACAGGCGCGUCGUGUUCAUCGGCGACUCUGUGACCCGCCAGCUCUUCUUCCAGCUCGCGCAUACGUUGGAUGCCAGUCUGCCCACCACCCCGCCAGACGACGAGCACAAGCACGCGGAUUACGCCUACACUGCAGCAUCGUCCGCUGUGCAUCUAUCCUUCAUCUGGGACCCAUAUCUCAACUCCUCACACGCUCAAUCUUACAUCAACUCCACCCCAAGCGGACCGAAUCUACCGUCCCUCGCCGACACAUCCGAUCGCCCAGCCCUGCUCGUCUUCGGCUCUGGGCUAUGGUACCUUCGCUACGGCGAGUCGGGCGGACUACCUGCAUGGGAGGCUAGGAUCGAGAGCACGCUGAGCGCGCUCAACCGCGCCCACACACAGCCCGCCGACACGGUCGCCCUUCUCCCCGUGUCGGACGUCGUCUCCGCGAAGCUGUCGCGCGAGCGCGCGGAGACAAUGCGCGCGCCGCCCGUGAGUGGAACGGCAGGAGGGCGGCCACACGUGGGGCUCCCCCUUGUGUUCAACUCGAUGUUGGACGCGAGCCAGACGGACGAUGGGCUGCAUUUCUCGAAUGCGGUGGUGGGCACGCAAGCGCAGGUGCUGCUAAACCUGGCGUGCAAUGAUGUGAUGCCGAAGAAGUUCCCGAUGGAUAAGACGUGCUGCAGAAGGUACCCAUGGCCUAGCCCGCUACACUCGCUCAUCCUGGCUGUGGCGAUUUUGUGGGGCCCUGCUUGUGUAUUGCUCGCGAGGAGAGUCGCCCCACGGCAAAACGGACAGCCAUUCAUCGGCGACCAAGAGAUGCCUGCUGUCGUUCUGAGCGUGGCUGCCGCACUGAUAUACUUGGCUGAUCGAACCGGGAUUUGGCUGAAGGAGCAGAAACAGUUCAGCCCAUGGGUGUUCGCAUUUCUCUCCCUUCUCAGUCUUGCCGUUGGUCUGUGUACCAUGCAACAGGCCGACAAGGACCUUGGCUUCCUUAACCGAGAGCAGACCGACGAAUGGAAAGGCUGGAUGCAGAUUGCUAUCCUCAUCUACCAUUAUACCGGCGCGUCGAAGAUAUCUGGCAUCUACAACGUCAUCCGCGUUUUGGUCGCGUCAUAUCUCUUUAUGACGGGAUACGGUCAUACAUCUUUCUACAUCAAGAAGGCUGACUUUGGAUUUCUACGAAUCGCUCAGGUCAUGAUUCGAUUGAACCUGCUCACCCUCCUUCUUGCGUACACCAUGAACACCGACUAUCUCUUCUACUAUUUCGCGCCCCUCGUCUCAUGGUGGUUCCUGAUCAUCUACGGCACAAUGUUCGCCGGGUCGCAAUACAACGAUCGCACCGCCUUCGUCCUUGUCAAGAUCCUGCUCUCCAUGGGGCUCGUUACUUGGAUCAUGUCCGAGCAAUGGAUCCUCGAAUCUAUCUUCGACUUCCUCUCGCGCGCGUGCGGGAUCCACUGGUCCGCACGCGAAUGGGCCUUCCGCGUCAACCUCGACCUGUGGAUCGUUUACUUCGGCAUGCUGACCUCGCUUGCGGUGAUCAAGAUCCGCGAGCACCGGCUGACCGACCACCCUCAAUGGCCACUUGUGGUCAAAGGCGCCAUUGGGCUCUCGGGCAUCGUCCUCCUGUGGUUCUUCGCAUUCGAGCUGUACCAGCCGGACAAGUUCGCGUACAACCUGUGGCACCCGUACAUCUCGUUCCUCCCUAUCGGGGCGUUCGUCGUGCUCAGGAAUGCGAAUGUGAUCUUGCGGUCGGCAUCGUCGAGGACGUUCGCGUUCAUCGGGACGUGUUCGCUGGAGACGUUCAUCAUCCAGUACCAUCUCUGGCUUGCGGGGGACACCAAGGGUGUCCUGCUCGUCAUCCCCGGCACGCGUUGGCGCCCCGUCAACCUCGUACUCACGACAAUCGUUUUCGUAUACGUAUCAUACCGCGUUGCACAAGCGACAGGAGAAAUCACGAACUGGGUGUGCGGUACGACGAAGCCUCAGGCGCUCCCGACAGUCGCAGAAAACGCCACCACGUCUGGCCGCCGCAGCCACCUCAGUACACCUGCGAGCGAAGGCGAGACGAUCUUUCUCGUCCAACAAAACGCAGGGCCCUCGAAGGACGACGAAGAGACGCCGAGCGCAGACACGCCCUCGCGUCCACAACGGCGGUGGGUCGACCGACUUGCGGAGAGCACGUCGCCAUCAAGUUCGUCAACUCCAGGCUUCAGGGUGUGGUAUGGAGAGACAGAGUGGAAACCGGGAGUGAAGACGAAGGUAGGAAUAGCAGCAGUUGUGAUGUGGUUGCUAAACAUAAUGUGGCCACACCCAUGAAUGUUUGGACACCGUUCAUUGCAUCAUGACAUUCGGCUAUAUACACAGU